AUGCUGCUGAGAGAGGCCUGUGAGUGGAUCUCUAGAGCCAUCUGUAGGCCAAUCAAAUCCACACUGUAGGAGAGAUACAAUUAUCCUGAAAAGAAGGGGGAGAGAAUAGCAUGAGUAGUGUGAGUAAACUCCUCAUGGAUUAUGGCUGAUCUGUAGUAAUACCACGAUCAGGGGCCCCAGGGGCCCCACAGCUGCUCUGUAGUCAUACCACAGUCAGGGGCCCCGCAGCUGCUCUGUAGUAAUACAACAGUCAGGGGCCACACAUCUGCUCUGUGGUAAUACCACAGUCAGGGGCCACACAUCUGCUCUGUGGUAAUACCACAGUCAGGGGCCCCACAGCUGCUCUCUAGUAAUAUUACAGUCAGGGGCCCCACAGCUGCUCUGUAGUCAUACCACAGUCAUGGGCCACACAGCUACUCUGUAGUAAUACCACAGUCAGGGGCCACACAGCUGCUCUGUAGUAAUACCACAGUCAGGGGCCCCACAACUGCUCUGUAGUAAUAUUACAGAUAGGGUCUGACAACUGCUAUGUAGUCAUACCACAGUCAGGGGCCCCACAACUGCUCUGUAGUAAUAUUACAGUCAGGGGCCCCACAGCUGCUCUGUAGUAAUAUGACAGAUAGGGGCUCACAGCUGCUCUGUAGUCAUACCACAGUCACGGGCCCCACAGCUGCUCUACUUUUGGCUGUGUUACUAUGGAUACAGUAAGAGUUGUUUUAUUGUGUAGGGGGAAUAGCACACUAUACUUACAUCUGCUGGUACAACUUGAAAUUGCCAUAUCAACCAAAACUAUUGAGAUUAAUAAUAAUGAUAUUCUUUCUUUUAAAGAUAGGGACAUUUCCAGAUCCUCCUACGCUCAGAGUAUCAGCUCCACUUCAAGUGUACGUGAUUUUCCUCAGUUCCUCUUUUACAUCACACAAUUUGCCAGUUUACAUCCAGUCCACGAGAGUUUAAACCCCAUUGUUCAAUGAUUAUAUUAAUGUUUAUUGCCAUGUUUUGUCAUGCUUGUAGGGCAGCCCUAUCAUACCCCCACGAAAUCCCAGAAGAGGACUCCCUUGUACUCCUCCAGGUAACUAAAACCCAAACUGAGGCUUAUGACGUCUACACAGUUUUAUUCACAAUCAAUUACUGAUUGAAGCACAAAUAAGCGUUGGUAGAGAGUUCCAAUAUGGACAGUCCUUGGUCAUGUUUCAAGUUUGGUCAAUGGAUGCAUGGCGUUGUUUUGAAUAGGAAAUACCAGACCUGCUGUCAACCGCCAACUGAAACCAGGAAAAUCAAGGAGGACCCAGUUAGGUAAUAAUCACCAUACAGACAAUACAGUCACCUCAGUAAUCAUUGGUGAUAAUAACAUCAUCCUUUAACAUCAGUUUUGAUUGGGAUAAUUGAUAAUCGGUGCAUGCAGAACAUGACUUCACUUAUUCCAAUUCAUAAACAUGAUGAUGUCAAGAUGAUGAUAUAGCACAACAAAGGAAAUCAAGUUCAAGAGAUGUUGUUUUACAGAUGACAGAACACAAGUCAUGGAGUCUACAGAACAGGUAAAUGUUUUACUCAGUGAAAAAAGUAUACUAUUCAAUAUUCCAAACAAACGCUCUGGCAAGGAUCAAGAGGCUAGCACUUAAGAUUUACAAACAAAAACAUGAUACUGGUUUCUCUUUUCUUUAAAAUAUUCCAAACUGGAAAAGAGUGCCAAAUGUAAAAUAUAUUCCUCUUGAUAUUCCUCUUUUCCAGAACAUGCUACUCCCACCAAGGUAAUAGUACCUAUAGUCCCUUUACAAAUGUAAUGACGCUGGUAUCAGCAUCAUGUUUGUAAGUCCAGUAUGUUCAUUUGAAUACUGUUUGGUUCCAGGUCUACACCCUCCUUACCUAAGAACCUAAUAAUCAAGCUGGCUGGGCUGGACCUCCAGAGGCCCUGCAGGAGAGAGUGAGUGUUUUUUCCAUCUAACUAACACCAUGGGGACAAUAAGGGGACACUAAUGCAUUGUUAUAUGGACUAUUAGGGCCACCUCUUGGUUGAAUGUGAUUCCACCAUGACCCAUCUCAGAAAUUAUGUGCAUCUAUAGUUAUAUUUCCAAUUAAAAGAUGUCAUGAGAUUUGAAGAGUAUUGUAAAAUUGGUCCAUCUCUUUUUCCCUCCAGCAGACAGAGAGGACAACAACAUGUAAGUGGUCAAAUCACAUAUUGUAUGCCUAAAUUUAACUUUGGGUGAAUCUAUCUACAUGGAUGCAGUGUUAGCGGUCCAUAAAACGUUAUUGCUAAAACUGAGUAACAAGUAAAUGAAUAGCUACUAAUGUUUGCUUCAUGUUCAUCACUAAUAAUGUAUGCUUCAUAUUCAUUAUAGGUGGAAUGCAAUACACCCUCAAAAGGUGAGUACUAUUUAAAUUCCAUAUUAAAGAAACCAAAUGUUCUAAGGUUGUAAUUAUAAUAAUAUCAAUUUCAACAUAUUUUAGGUCAUUGUUCGGGGAGAGAGCGAACUAUCCAAAGCCAAAGAUAUUCAUUGGACCUUGAAUUUCAACUCAACACAGACAUAAGGUACAUGGGAGGAAUUUUUGUGAAGUUCUUUAAAACCACUGCAGUAGUUCAUUAGUAUUUUUCAAUGUUUAUGAUAACACAUUAUUUGAUUCUUGAAUUAGGUUACAACAAAGGCACAAUACCCCAGGUAAAUAAGACCUUGCCAUCUAAACAUUUUGUAUAGUUUUAAUUGCAUUGAUCUCCAAUUUACCUAUAGAAAAUAAACUACUUUGUCGAGUAUGAUAAAUGCAAUUUAAAGGCUGUCUUUUUUUAUGGAAUGUAGAAGAGUCCUCAGUGAAGCGCCAACAACACCAUGAGUGGCCUCAAACCAAAGAUGAUGUGGAGCAGCAUGACUUUGUCCCCAAGGAAAGACCUUGUCAGGUAUGCUGCCUGAAUACACCAGGCACAUCUCCAAAUGAGGGAUGUCCACCAAACCAAACAGGACAAUGAUGUGCUUGAAAAUUACUUGGAAGUAAUGAAAGAACCAAAACUAUGACAGGAAAUGCAAAUGUACUGUAGCCUACAUGAUUGGCCCAUUUAUGAAAUUACAAUUAGCUUAAUUUUUUUCCAGACGUACAAUGAACAAGACUGGUACAUAGGAGCUUGCGAUCGAGCAGAGGCUGAACAUGCCUUACACCUGGUGAAUAAGGUUUGCAAUGUGAGGUGUUAUUUAAGCAAUGAAGCCCGAGGGGGUGUGGUAUAUGGCCAAUAUACCACAGAUGUCAGCCAAUCAGCAUUCAGGGCUUGAACCACCCAGUUUAUAAUACAGUGAGGGAAAAAAGUAUUUGAUCCCGUGCUGAUUUUGUACGUUUGCCCACUGACAAAGAAAUGAUCAGUCUAUAAUUUUUAUGGUAGGUUUAUUUGAACAGUGAGAGACAGAAUAACAACAAAGAAAUCCAGAAAAACGCAUGUCAAAAAUAUUAUAAAUUGAUUUGCAUUUUAAUGAGGGAAAUAAGUAUUUGACCCCUCUGCAAAACAUGACUUAGUACUUGGUAGUAAGGGUUUUGCCACCAAGUACUAAGUCAUGUUUUGCAGAGGGGUCAACUGCUAAGAGUUAGAACAGUCCCAACAGCAGAGUUACAAGGUGUUUCUUGAAGUAUUAAUGGAUGUGAUCCUAGUGAGCACUGUAUAUUUUAUAUGAAAUGAUUACAUCCUGCUUAUGAAUGUGUUAUAACUGUGUUAUAAAGUCCUUGUAUAUGUACCCUUUAAAGAAAGUGUUACCCAAAUGUCUCCCUAACAGGAUGGGGCAUUUUUGGUGCGGAAUUGCUCAAGGAACACGGACAGCGAACCCUUCGUCUUAGCAGUGUUUCAUGACAAGAGAGUUUUCAAUGUUAAAAUUCGGUUCAUUGAUAGCACCUCCAAGUACGCCCUUGGGACUGGGCAAAGUGCCAAUGAUGUGAGUAGACAAGUAAGAAGGAGUACUUUGCUUUAGUAGAAUUUACUUUAACUUUACUUGAGUAGAUUUUACUUUACAUUAACGCUGAUAUCCGCCAUGGGCGAAACAGCGCCACUGGACGCCACAGGCAGCUUUGUCAUUGUUUUUGUUUUGAGGAAAUGAGCCUCCAGCAUCACGGUAAAAAAAACAUGGUAGUAGGCCUAGAUACCCUGCUGUUCUACCGCACGUGCGGAACUGUGUUCCUUGUUUUGAAGUAACGUCUUUGUUGUUGUAAUACGGCAAACGGACGUGGCAGUUUCACCGGUAUGGAUUGCAGCUUUAAGUAUCACACCAAGCGUAUCCUUACAUGGCUUUCAUUCAUGUUUUAUUUUCUCCCUAGAUGUUUGAUACUGUGGCAGACAUCGUCAAAUUCCACACCAUAUUCCCCGUAGUCCUGAUCAACGGGAGGAACCAAUCAGCUAGCAAAUAUCAUGGGAACUGUGUGUUGACAUACCCAAUCACAAAAGAGGUUGUCAACCAACUGUUGGAAUGA